UCGGUUAUGAUAGGAUGGCAGUUUAAUACCGCAAAGUCAACGUGGUCGUCGAGUUCUAGCGCCAGCGCCGCUCACUUCCUCAUCUCAAUUCCCAAUACCACAAAGUAACUGCGUGUUUUUUUUCCUUUCUUUUUUGGGAUAAAAAUUGCUUCUUCCGAUUGAUUGAAUGAGUUCGAAAGAGUCGGGGAAGGGAGCGCCGGAGGAAGCUGAUCUGAGGGAAAGACAGCGUGGCAUGGCCCCUCAGCCCAGCAGGGAGGCGGAGCAGGUGGGGGCGGCGGAGAAAGGAGAGCAAAGGCGGCUGCUUGCGCCGAAGCGGAGCUCGAACAAGGACCGCCACACGAAGGUGGACGGCCGUGGGAGGCGGGUGCGUAUGCCAGCCCUCUGCGCGGCGCGGAUCUUCCAGCUGACUCGCGAGCUGGGGCACAAGUCCGACGGAGAGACAAUCCAGUGGUUGCUCCAGCAGGCUGAGCCGUCGAUCAUCGCCGCCACCGGGUCCGGAACCAUCCCGGCCUCGGUCCUCGCGUCCUCCGACGCCGCCAGCCUGGUUCCCUCCUCCUCUGCGGCCGCCGCCGGUCUCCACCAGAGCAAGCUCCAUGAAUUAGGUUCGGAAAGGGCCAAUUGGGCCACGUUCGGCUUCAGGUCGCACCCGGAGCUGUGGCUGCCGCCCGUCGACGGGUUCAACGCCGCUUUGUUCCAGUCUGCGGCGGCGAUGGGGGCCGUGCCUUUGGCGUCAAAUUUGCCGAGGAUUGGGUUCGCUGGCCUGGAAUUGCCCGGAAGCAGCAUCAAUCCCAUGAGCUUCACGUCGCUUCUCAGCGGGCAGAAGCAGGCGAUGACCGGAUUGGAGCUCGGAUUAUCACAACACGCGCAACUUGGUAUCCUUAAUCCUCCCCACUCCUUCACCCAAUUCUAUCACCACACAGGCCAGGGCAUCGCCGCCGCCACCGUAUCCGCAGGUGAUCACUUGCACCAGCAGGAUCAACAAGAGGAAGAUCAAAGGCAGCAAUCUCUCACUCCGAACGAAAAUUCAGAGGGGUCAGAACAGUAGCAGGCACUGCAAAGUAUUGAAUCUUUCUCUUUGCGCCCCCUACUCGAUUGCAAGUCAAAAAAGAAAUAUUUUCAAAUAUUGGGUUCUUGGAUUUGGGAUUGCGAGUUGCCUUUGAUUUUGGACGAACAGUCAAGCCACCAUCCAUUAAUGGUGCAUGCAUGCAGCUGAAGGUGCUUCAUUUUGAGGUUUGUAUAUAAUCCUUGGAAAAAUAUUGGUCUUUUUUUUUCACUAUAUAAAAGUUUACCAUGCAUGUUUGUACUGAUUGUAUUAAAUUUUUACUAAAAAAAGAAAUUCAACAUUUAAAUGUCAA